AUGAUAGUGGUUGCUGCCCAUGGCUCCGAGUCGGUCAUGCGAGAGCUACAAGAUGCACGAUUGUGCCUGCAUUCCUUACUUCCUAUCCUCCUGGUUUGCCUCGUUGUGUUGACCAGGCGCAUCUACCGACUCAAUACUAUGAAGGGAGUUCUGUUGCUUGGUGUCGGUACCCUCUGCGGGUUUGGGCUGGCACGGAAUAUGGCUCCGGCACCGCAUGGACUACACCUACAGCCACGAGAUGUUGAUCCAGAAGAUCUCUAUCCCGCUCAUAAUAUCUCGGUGCCCGUCGACCACUUCCACAACGACUCGAAAUAUGAGCCCCACUCCAAUGACUAUUUCAAUCUGAGAUAUUUCUUCGAUGCGACUUACUACGAGCCAGGCGGACCCGUCAUUGUCUUGCAGAGCGGCGAGGCCGAUGCAACCGAACGGCUGCCGUUCCUGCAAAAAGGCAUUGCCGCCAUUCUGGCUUCGGCCACCAAUGGCAUAGGCGUGGUUCUGGAGCACCGAUAUUAUGGCACAAGCUUCCCUACGCCAGAUUUGUCCACCGACAACCUCCGAUUCCUGUCCACCGAGCAGGCUUUGGCGGACCAGGCAUACUUUGCCUCGCAUGUGGUCUUCCCAGGACUGGAGCACCUGAACUUGACUGCUCCUGGGACGCCGUACAUCGCAUAUGGGGGUUCCUAUGCCGGUGGACUGGUGGCUUUCUUGCGCGUGUUGUAUCCUGACCUGACCUGGGGCUCUAUCUCGUCGUCUGGAGUAACCGAAGCUAUCUAUGACUACUGGCAAUAUUAUGAGCCGAUUCGUCAGUACGGUCCGCCCGAAUGCAUUGCCACCCAAGAGAAGCUGAUCAAUGUUGUGGACAACAUCCUCACGCAUAACGACUCGACCACUGUCACUGAGCUGAAGACCGGCUUCGGACUGGGGAACCUGACUUAUAGCGAUGAUUUUGCCAACGUGGUAUCCGGCGGUCCGAGUCUGUGGCAGUCCAGGAACUGGGACCCUGCAGUCGGUAGUCCUGACUUCGACUACUACUGCGGCAACAUUUCUUCUGAUGCAGUGUUGUGGCCGGCAUAUUCUGACCUGGCGUCCAAUGCUUCUGCUCUCAUAAAAGCAGGCGGUUGGGGAAAUGAAAGUACGACGCUGACCAACCGGUUGUUGAACUUCAUGGGAUGGAUCAACGACAGUUAUGUCGGGUCGUGUGAUACCACUUUGGAUCAAUGCUACAGUGCUCACAACUCAUCAGCUUCCAUGUACACCGACAAGAAUGUCUCCAACUACAACUCUCUGUCCUGGGCUUACCAGUAUUGUACCGAAUGGGGCUAUAUCCAAACGGGUUCGGGCGUCCCUAGUGACCGCCUGCCUCUGAUCUCUCGAUUGUUGACUCUGGACUAUCUGACUUUGGUUUGCCGUUAUGCAUUCAAUAUCACUUCUCCUCCAGACACCGAGAAGAUUAAUCAAUGGGGAGGUUUCAACAUCUCAUACCAGCGACUGGCAUUGGUUGGCGGCGAGGCUGACCCCUGGCGGCCAGCGACACCGCUUACAACUCUUGAUGUGCCCGAUCGUUUGAAUGACACGAGUACCGUCAGCGAGCCCAUUAUCCUUAUUGAGGGCGCCGUGCACCAUUGGGAAGAGAACGGCGUGUUUGCGAACCAAACAACCCCAGACUUGCCUCCGCCGCCAGUGGCAAACGCACAAAAAGAACUCGCCCAGAUAGUGCAAGAAUGGUUGCUGGAAUGGAAGCACCGCAGAUGA